GAUGGUUUUUCUAUUAUUUAGUAAAUAGAGGCAGGCCACUUGGUUCGUGUUCUAGACGUGCGGGGAAUACGGUAGAAAAUCGUAAGGUACGGUCGAGUAAUAUUCGUAGUUUAUAGCAAGGCGUGCUAUAACAAGUUCUACCAGCGUUCGUGUCGCAGGAAGUUGAGGUAGAUCCCUAAUUCUGCUUUAUAGGGUUUUACAAUUUUUGUUGUUUAAUCUAUACGUGUCAUUACUAGGUCUUAGAAAUUCGGUUUCCUAACAAGAAUAUGGCACAAAAGUAGCCAUGAACGAUCUAUAAAUAAUCACUCCCCUUGGAUGAAAAAUCCUCCACCCCCACUGCACUCACGAUACCCACCCCGCAAAUUAUUGUUAUUUUUGCUCAGCAAUACCCACCCUGCAAUUGGAGUUAUGGACGCGAUUCGUCGUCUGAUCGGGGAGUUACGAACACUAGCAAGCAAUAUCCUCCAUGCAAUUGGAGUUACGAACACUAUCAAGCUGUGUAACGAGACGAAUGAAGUUGUGGAUAUCAGGGAGUUACGCGGAAUAAUUACGGGCGAGAACAAUGUCUUCAGUCGGAUCACCUUGACAGCUCGUGGCAAGACCGACAUCGACCCGAAAGAGUAUGACGGGGCCGACAGCCGAGGAGGGCAGCUUCCUUUACUGCUGAUUUUCUGUGGCGGAAGCCUUCUGAGGUUGCCCAAUGGAGAUUUUCUGUUUCCUGGAGAAGAAUUUUUUAGUACUUUUUUCGAAACCGUAACUAUUGCGGAUGCUCAACCGAACGACCAAAAUUCGACUGGAGUUGUCAACUACGAAGUCAAAUUUCAACCACGAUAUGCCCCUGACAGGGUUCACUCACUUGAGGCUGUGACCCUGGAUCCUUCAAAGUUAUUUGCUAGUAAUGUUGUCAAUGAUCCGGAGACUUCAUUAUUGAAUAUGGUUCUAGAGUUCUGGCCCAGAACCUUUACAAAUUUGAAAAGCAAAGAUGAUUUGGGGAGAACCGUUCGUGUUGUGAAUGAUCUAAUGCGCCUAGCGAAGUUGUAUAACGUUGAUCGAUCAAGAGUUGAAGUUGCCAAGGUGGUGGAGAAAGUUCGUGUCCUUAACGAAUUGCGCGCCACCAACGUGGAAUGGUAUCGCCCUUUAUUCCCGGGGAUGGAGGAUCGAUUUCCGACAGUGGCGAUAGCUGAAGUUGAUCGGGUGAAGCUGCAAAAGUUUGCAACUACCAUCCAGCCUCUGCUACGGUAGCCAAACUCCUUGCUUGGAAGGAGCAGCUGAAAGUCAUGAUCAGUUCUCUUAGGGAACUGGAUAUUUGUUCUUAUGAUGACUGUUUGUGGGCUAUUUUGUUAAACUUCUGCUCUUUUGUUUUAAGGAGUAUGUUUAGUUUUUGUCUAUCCAAUUUACUUAGUUGUGGUUUGUAA